AGCUCUCUUAAUUCAUUACCUCUCCAUUCACACCAUCUUCAACAUCUCUUUCUCUAACAAUGGAGAUUUUUCAGAAGGCGAAAGCGGUUCGUUUGCGUAGCCACCACGACAAGUACCUAGUCGCCGAAGAAGACGAAGAAUCUGUAACUCAAGAACGUAACGGCUCAGCAGGUGCAGCCAAAUGGACCGUUGAGAUAAUCCCAGGCUCAACAAAUCUCAUCCGUCUCAAAAGUGCUUAUGGUAAAUACUUAACGGCGUCAAAUAAACCGUUUCUUCUUGGAGCCACCGGAAAAAAAGUUCUACAGACUAAUCCUAGUCGUCUUGACUCAUCUUUAGCUUGGGAACCGAUUAGAGAUUCUGCUUUGGUUAAGCUUAAGACUCGUUAUGGUCACUUCCUUCGUGGUAACGGUGGUUUACCUCCUUGGAGAAACUCUGUUACUCAUGAUAUUCCUCAUAGAUCGGCAACUCAAGAAUGGGUUCUUUGGCAUGUUGAUGUUGUUGAGAUCCUCCCUGCAAACUGCAAUCAUCACCAGCAGCAACAGCAGCAGCUGCAGCUGCAGCUACCUCCGUCACCGCUUCAUCAUUCUGAUUCUCUUGAUUUCACACCUGGAUCUCCUUCCAGAUCUAACCGUUUCUUUAGACAAGAGUCAACGGAUUCACUGGCGGUUGGAUCGCCGCCGAAAUCGGAAGGGAGAGUGAUAUACUAUCAUGUGGCGGAUGAUGAUGGCGAUGUUGAAGAUGAUUCUGUUGAGGUAAGUUCGUUUACUUUCAAAGGCAAUGGUGUUGAAGAGCUGACUAUGAGAUUGAAAGAAGAGAGCAAUGUCGAAGAUGUUAUCGUUUGUACUCGUAGUCCGUUGAACGGGAAGCUUUUCCCAUUGCGUCUUCAACUCCCACCUAACAAUGCAGACAUGACUGUCGUCUUAGUACCAAGAUCAUCAAAAAUAGCAGAAGAGUUCAUCAAGUGAGAUCUUUGUUUGAAGCUGAGCUGUGAAAUGAAGGCUUUGGCUGCAA